AGCCUCCCAAAGUGGUGGGAUUACAGGUGUGAGUCACUGCACCCGGCCUAGAUAAAAGAGCAUUUUCCCUCAUUUUUAUCUAAUGUAAAUGCAAGCAUGUUUUUCUAUGGGAUAAAAUUUCCCCCAUUUUUAUCUAAUAUAAAUGCAAGUAUGUUUUUCUAUGGGAUAAAUUCCCUAUAAGAAUUUAUUUAAUAUAAGUAUAAAUAAAAGAAGCUAUUAUUUGUAUGCUGGCAUAUUGAGUGGUUUACAUUUGGGAUUACAUUUGAACCAGCAUUUUACUUACUGCCCUUAAAUAUGUAUUUUUUUUGCCCAGACUUUUUUCCCCUUGACAGAGAUUCCUUGGCUCCUAAAAUUUCGCUUCCAUUUUUUCUUUCAAUCUAAGUAUCAUCUCAUUUAAUGAUCUCAGUAAAUUCUCAAUAAAUUUUUGUGCUAGGCAGUUUAGGUAGGAGGAAACUGAAUCUCAAAGACAUUAAUUUCGUAAGUGGUGGUAUCAGAAGUCAAAUCCAGGUUUGUCUGAUCUCAAAGCCUACACUUUUAACCACUGAGAUAUAUUUUUUAAAAUGAGACAAUAUAUGUAAAGUACCUAGCAUAGUAUCUCAUGCAUAGUGAGUGUUGAAAAAUAAUAGUGCCUUUCCUCUCCUCAUUUUAGUUUUGCUAGAUUAAUGCACGUGGCUUAAGGCAGAUUUGAAUGAAUGAUACUUCAGAGAUAGUGCUACUUCAUCCCUGCCAUUGGAGGGAAAAGGAAGAAGGAUUUUGCUCAGACAACAAGUGCUUGUUUAAGUUUUGUCCAAGAAGCUCUGCUGAAGCACCAAUGGCAGCAAGCUGCAGAAUACAUGUACAGUUAUUUUCAGACCUUGGAAGAUUCAGAUAGCUACAAAAGGCAGGCUGCACCUGAGAUUAUUUGGAAGCUUGGAAGUGAAAUUCUAUUUUAUCAUCCCAAAAGCAACAUGGAGACUUUCAAUACUUUUGCUGACCGGAUGAAAAAUAUUGGCGUCAUGAAUUAUUUAAAGAUCUCCUUACAACAUGCAUUAUACCUUCUGCAUCAUGGAAUGCUUAAAGAUGCUAAGAGAAAUCUGAGUGAGGCAGAGACAUGGAGACAUGGUGAAAACACAUCUUCCCGGGGAAUAUUGAUCAACCUUAUUCAGGCCUAUAAAGGGCUUUUACAAUAUUACACCUGGUCUAAAAAGAAGAUGGAAUUGUCAAAGCUUGAUAAGGAUGAUUAUGCUUACAACGCAGUAGCCCAGGAUGUGUUCAACCACAGCUGGAAGACAUCUGCAAAUAUUUCUGCAUUGAUUAAAAUUCCUGGAGUUUGGGACCCUUUUGUGAAGAGUUAUGUAGAAAUGCUGGAAUUCUAUGGGGAUCGAGAUGGAGCCCAAGAGGUACUCACUAAUUAUGCAUAUGAUGAAAAGUUUCCAUCAAAUCCAAAUGCCCAUAUCUACUUAUACAACUUUCUAAAGAGACAGAAGGCACCAAGAUCAAAAAUGAUAAGUGUGCUUAAGAUUUUGUAUCAGAUUGUACCAUCUCAUAAAUUGAUGUUGGAAUUCCAUACAUUACUUAGAAAAUCAGAAAAAGAAGAACACCAUAAACUGGGGUUGGAGGUAUUAUUUGGAGUCUUAGAUUUUGCCGGAUGCACUAAGAAUAUAACUGCUUGGAAAUACUUGGCAAAAUAUCUGAAAAAGACCUUAAUGGGAAACCACCUUGCGUGGGUUCAAGACGAGUGGAACUCCAGGAAAAACUGGUGGCCAAGCUUUCAUUUCAGCUACUUUUGGGCAAAAAGUGAUUGGAAGGAAGAUACAGCUUUGGCCUGUGAGAAAGCUUUUGUGGCUGGAUUACUGUUAGGAAAAGGUUGUAGAUAUUUUCGGUAUAUUUUAAAGCAAGAUCACCAAAUCUUAGGGAAGAAAAUUAAGCAGAUGAAGAGAUCUGUGAAAAAAUACAGUAUUGUAAAUCCAAGACUCUCAUACUGAAUUUUAGUUAUUUCACAGUAGUAGCUACACAGUAAGUAGCUCAGCAGAUAGUUAUUGAAUAUGUUUAUGGAGUUAUGUGUUAUGUAUUAAGAAGCUUAUAUUACUACAAAAAACUUAUUUUUAUAUAUUUUUAUAUUUUUGUAUUAUUUAUAGCUAGAGAAACAGUAUUACUGCCUUUGCUCUUUGUAACUUUGUCUGUUUUCUUUUUUGUAAUGUUAAAUGUUACAUUUGUUAAAGAAUAAUUCUUCAAAUGACAAAAUAUUAGAGAAUAUAGUUCUACAGCAGUUAUUGUUUGCAAAUACUUUGCCUCUGGCUAUUGUGUAAUAAACUAUAACUUGUGGUGCUGUGAAAUG